GUUCCAGUAGUGCCACUGCAACCACUAGGGGGCAAUGCUGCUCCUGUUACCAAUCAAAUAUGGUCAUCCACCGAGCUUCAGGGUACUGCCAAUCAUAUUCGAGAGGAGGGCAUACCUACUCUGUUAACUUGGAGUUAUGGCGGCAACAAUGUGACAGUAGAAGGAUCUUGGGAUGAUUGGAGGUCAAGGAAGGUACUCCAGAGAUCAGGCAAGGAUCACGCUAUUCUCUUGGUCCUCCCAUCAGGUGUAUAUCAUUACAAAUUUAUUGUGGAUGGUGAGGUUAGAUAUAUCGCAGAACUCCCCUGUGUAGCAGACGAGAUGGGUCGAUUCUGUAAUAUUCUCGAUGUUAAUGAUAAUGUGCCAGAGAACCUGCAUAGCGUGUCAGAAUUUGAGGCCCCGGCAUCACCUGAGUCUACAUAUGAUCAAGCAUUUCUAGGAGAGGAGGAUUUCGUGAAGGAUCCAAUGGUGGUUCCUCCUCAACUCCAUCUAACCGUUCUUGAUUCAGAACAGACAGAUGGAACAGAUGUUUCUUCCAAGCCCCAGCAUGUGGUGCUUAACCACCUUUUCGUAGAGAAAGAAUUGUCG